AUGUAUAGACAAAUACCUUUAUCUGUUGCGUUCAGUAGUGAAAACCCUGACGUCAAAAUAAAGGGGAACAGAGUAACGUUUAAGUUUCCAACAGACUGGAUUGUGAACAUAAAUGAAGAGAAGUACAUUGGCAUAACAUCUAUGUAUAUAACACGUGCUUUCAGAAAGGUUGACUUUAUACUUCAAGUCGAGAUAGAAAAUGACGAACAGUCUUUAAGCGCCCAAAACAUUCACAUAUACAAAUACUUUAAAGACGAUACAACAUUGUUGCAAUGUAUGAUUUCAUUUAAUGAGAUGUUCGAGAAAAAGUUCAACAUUGAAGUACAAACUUUACAGCCUUUACGUGAGUUUCUUGCACAACUGAAAGAAGAAGGUAGUCAGCCACAACUUAUAGACUUUCAUUAUGAAUUUAAUGAAAAUGAAGAUGGAACUCAUGACUGUCAGUUUGUUAUAUAUUCACCAUUCAAUGAAGUAGCUAAAAAGAAAGAAAAUCCAUUAC